GAUGCAGUCAGGUAGGUAUGUAGUCUAUUAAAAAGGGGUUCGUUACCCCCUACUGUUUUAAUAUUUAAUACCGGUCGGUACGACGGCCAUUUCUGGUUUCAGCAACUCAUAGAAAAGAUCUCCGAGAAUACCAAUCCUCCUCCAUGGCAAUGAAUUCGCCUUCACAUUCGCCAUCGGCGAUACAUGAUGGACUCCUGCGGGAGUUGCCGACUGUCCAGCUUCCCUCUUAUUUCCCUGUUGUCUGUAUUAUGCUUGUUAUGGUUGUGUACAAAUUCGCUGUGUCGAACAAGAGCAUAAGAGCUCUUCCAUAUGUCAACACUACAGGGUUAUUCUCCAGUAACAACGCCAGAAAAACUUGGGCGGCGUCCGCGGAGAGCCUCUUAAACGAAGCUAAAGAAAAACACCCUCGCAAACCAUGGCGUGUCAUGACAGACCUUGGGGAGAGAGUUGUCUUGACUCCAGAGCUCAUGGAGGAAAUUCGCAAUGACCCUAAGAUGAGCUUUACUGAAGCUUUUCAUGAAGAUUUCCAUGGCAGUCUUCCCGGAUUCAAUACCAUCCAGUUCUUCGUUCGAAGUGAUAUAUUGAUAGCCGUUGUUAGAAAGCACCUCCUGAGACCCAACCCUAGCAUAACAAAACGCCUGUCCGACGAAGCCGACUAUGUUCUUUCAAAAACCGUAGGCACCACUUCAGAUUGGACCGAGUUGAACCUAGCCCAAUUCGGAACCGACAUGGUUGGUCGUCUCUCAGCGCGUAUCUUCGUUGGCGACGAAAUGUGCAGGAACGAGCACUGGCUCCAGGCUUCUCAACACUAUCACCACAGCUGGUUUAUCGCGGCAAUGAAACUCCAUGAUUGGCCAUGGCCUCUUCGACAUCUUGUGCAUUGGUUUAUGCCCGAGUGCCAGGAGAUGAAGCAUGCCCUGAGCGAGCAACGACAGAUCCUAGCCGACUAUGUGGCCAAACGUCGUAAUGAAAAAGAAGCUGCUGAGUCUGCCGGUCAAGAAGCCCCCAAAUACGACGAUGCCUUCGCUUGGUUAGAGCAAGAAGCAAAUGCUAGAGGACUGACUUAUGAUACGACUAUGGCAACGGGCUUGCAGUUGAUGAUUGCCCUAGUUUCGGCUCACGCGACAACUGAUCUACUUCAAAAGACCAUGAUGGACCUUCUUCAGCACCCGGGAGCCACAGAACAGAUUCGCGAAGAAGUACUUGGCCAGCUUCGAACCGAGGGCAUGUCCACUGCGUCGUUCUAUAACAUGCACCUACUCGAUAGCGCUUUUAAGGAAUCCCAGCGGAUAACACCCUCCGAAAUGCUAUUGGUACGUCGUCGUGUGAUGGGAGACAUACGACUUUCGAACGGCCUUUUCUUAAAGGAGGGUACGAGGACUUGGAUGGACACAGCACACAUGAAGGACCCAGAAAUAUACGAGAACCCGGAACAGUGGGACGCAACUCGAUUCGCCAAGCUCCGUUCACAACCGGGAGGAGCCAGCUCUGCACAGUUGGUAAGCUCAACCCGCAACCACGUCGGCUUCGGGUACGGAUUACAUGUCUGCACUGGGAGAUUCUUCGCCGCGAACCUGCUCAAAGUGGUUCUAUGCCAUAUAUUGGCGAACUACGAGUGGAAGUUGGCACCUGGACUAGAAGCAAACUACUUGGACUUUGGUAACGCGCGCAUGGUGAACCCUCAAGCUAAACUGUUGAUCCGGCGAAGAGAGAAGGUCGAGGUCGAUUUUAGUUCGAUCUUCGAUGCAUGAGUGUUGCAGAUGGUGGAGUUGGUGAGACUUGGGAUUGGAUUGAAGAUCCGGACUUCGGAGUUAGACUCAGGGGGUGGUCCAUUGAUCUAUUACGAUAAAACACAAGAUUCCUCUCUUCAGUCAUUCUUCUCGUUUGGCAGGCCAUUGAAUGGAUGAUGACAUGACGACACUUGGAGCGUUGUGAUGUUUACCAUAGAACUUGACAACGUUACGAAUUUGCUAUGGCUACCAGAUUGAUCAAAUAUUUGCUUAUUAUAAUAGAUAGAUGUAAUAUUGCAGGAGCACCAACUAGGAUUUAAGCAUCUUAAUAUUUGUGAUAUUUGUUUCCCUUAAAUGACACUAUUGAUCUGAGAACAUGUUUCCGACACCUUCGCUUGAAU